AUGACAGCCGUAAUUCCAUCCUGCUUCAACGCACAUGCGUUUUCUCUCCUCUUAGGGGCCCUGUUUUCUGUUACAAUGGAUCGAGAUUUAGAACAGGCUCUGGAUCGCGCAGAGAAUAUCAUUGAAAUUGCCCAACAGAGACCUCCUAGAAGGAGAUACUCACCUAGGGCGGGAAAAACUCUGCAGGAAAAACUUUAUGACAUUUAUGUAGAAGAAUGUGGAAAAGAGCCUGAGGAUCCUCAGGAAUUGAGAAGCAAUGUAAACUUGUUAGAAAAGCUUGUUAGGAGAGAAUCCUUGCCAUGUUUACUGGUCAAUCUAUACCCAGGCAAUCAGGGGUAUUCUGUGAUGCUCCAGAGAAAAGAUGGGUCCUUUGCAGAGACCAUUCGACUCCCUUAUGAUGAAAGGGCAUUGCUCGACUACUUGGAUGCAGAAGAAUUACCCCCUGCUUUGGCCGAUGUCCUUGAUAAAGCUUCAGUUAACAUUUUUCAUAGUGGGUGUGUCAUAGUAGAAGUUCGUGACUACAGGCAGUCCAGUAAUAUGCAACCUCCUGGUUACCAAAGCAGGCAUAUUCUCCUACGUCCAACAAUGCAGACUUUAGCCCAUGAUGUGAAGAUGAUGACAAGAGAUGGCCAGAAAUGGAGCCAGGAAGACAAGCUGCAGCUUGAGAGCCAACUGAUCUUAGCGACAGCUGAACCACUGUGUCUUGAUCCUUCUGUAGCAGUCGCCUGCACUGCAAACAGGCUGCUGUACAACAAGCAAAAGAUGAAUACCGACCCGAUGAAACGGUGCCUCCAGAGGUAUUCGUGGCCCUCUGUAAGGUCACAGCAGGAGCAGUCUGACUAUCCACCUCCUCCUGAGCUGAGAGUGUCGACUUCUGGCCAAAAAGAAGAAAGAAAAGCAGGUCAGCCUUGUGAGCUGGACAUUGCUAAAGCAGGACGUUGUGUAGACAUGUGGAAACGUAGAUCCUGUGAUUUGGCUGUGCCUUCGGCAGUGGAUGUGGAGAAACUUGCUAAAGGGUGUCAGCCUGUCACAGCUGCUGAGCCACAGCUCUCAGUCUGGCCAGCCCAGGAGGUAGAAGACCCUUUCGGAUUUGGAUGGGAAGCUGGCUCUCAGGCCUGGGACACCAAGCCAAGCAUCAUGAAGUCGUUUAAUGAUCCACUUCUCUGUGGUAAAAUACGGCCCCGUAAAAAAGCCAGGCAGAAGAGCCAGAAGUCUCCCAGGCAGCCCUUCCCAGAUGACCAUGCAGCUGGUCUCAGGCCUGGGUCAGAGACUGAUACUGGGAGGGCAGUGAGUCAGGCCCAGGAAUCGGUGCAGAGCAGAGCCAAAGGUCCAGGCAAGGUGUCACACAGCUCCAGUGGCCCAGCCAGUGUCAGUCAGCUGUCCUCAUGGAAAACACCAGAACAGCCUAAGCCUGUGUGGGUCCAGUCUUCAGUAUUGGGGAAGGGAGAGAAACAUCCACCUCCCCAAAACCAACUUCCCUCAAGCUCAGGAAAGAACUCCUCAGGUACCAGUUUUCCCCCACAACAGGCAGGCAGCUCUCUUAAGCGUCCUUUUCCUGCUGCUGCUGCCGCUUCUGCUGCUUCUGCCGCGUCUCCUGCUGCUGUAGUUGCUGCUGCUGCUCCUGCCGCUUCUCCCACUGCUGCUGCUGCUGCUGCUGCUGCUCCUGCUCCUGCUCCUGCUCCUGCUCCUGCUCCUGCUCCUGCUCCUGCCGCUCCUGCCAGUGCUCCUGCCACUGCUCCUGCUCCUGCUCCUGCUCCUGCUCCUGCUGUAGCUGCUGCUUCUGCAGCAGCAAGUCAUUCUCAGAAGCCCUCUGUGCAUUUCAUUCAAGUUAGCAGGCCCUAUCCAGCUGCCCAGCCCCCCACCAGAUUCAUAAAAAUAGCCCCAGCCUUUCAGGUCAGGACAGGCUCCACUGGCCUAAAGGCCAUCAACAUGGAGGGCCCAGUCCGGGCAGCCCAGGCUUUGGGUAGCAGUUUCAAGCCUGUGCAGGCCCCUGGCUCGGGUGGCCCGGCUCCUGCAGGAAUCAGUGGCAGUGGCCUUCAGUCCUCAGGAGGUCCACUACCAGAUGCAAAGCCCAGUGCAGCACAGGCAUCUUCUCAAGCACCCCUUCAGUUUUUCCUAAAUACUCCUGAAGGUCUCAGGCCCAUGACUGUCCUCCAGGUUCCACAGGGCUCCAUGGUUUUGAGCAGCACGCAGCAGCAGUUCCAUCAGCUGGUUUCCCUGCAACAGCUCCAGCAGCCCACAGCUGCUCACCGUCCUCAGCCAGGGCCACAGGGUUCCGCACAAGGUAUGAGCACUCAAGGGCAGGCCUUCCCUGCUCAGCAGCUUCUUAAGGUGAACCCCACUGGCGCAGGUCGUGGUCUGCAGCCCCAGCCCCAGGCAGCUGUGUUGGGUCUUCUUGGCUCUGCCCAGGUUCCUCAGCAGGGUAUCCAGCUCCCCUCUGUCUUGAGGCAGCAGCAGCAGCCACAGCUGCGGCUGAAGCUGCAACCACGGUCACAGCCGCAGCUGCCACAGCCACCGAAGCUGCAACUGCAGCAGCAGCCACAGCCACAGCAGCAGCAGCCACAGUCACAGCAGCCACGGCGACAGCCGAUCCAGCUCCAGACGCAGCAGUUGAGAGUCCUGCAGCAGCCAGUGUUUUUGGCAACAGGCGCUGUUCAGAUAGUGCAGCCACAUCCAGGUGGGCAAGCAGCGAGCCAGUCGGUAGUGCAGACGAAGGGAGGCAAGCCAACCCCUCCAGCGCCCUGA